GCCCGGGCCUGUAGCUGACAGGAAGUGGCGGCAGGCGGGUUGGUAGGAUGCUGCUGGUGCUGUCGGAGGAGCACAAGGAGCACCUGGGCUUCCUGCCCCGCCUGGACAGCGCAGUGGCGGGCGAGCUGGGCCGGCUGGCGCUGGAGUUCCUACGGAAAGGCGCUAACGCCAAGGUCUACGAAGGAGCCGCGAGAAAACUCAACGUUACAAGUGAUGUUGUUCAACAUGGAGUCGAAGGACUAACGUAUCUUCUCACUGAGAGCUCUAAGCUCAUGAUUUCUGAAAUAGACUUCCAAGACUCUGUGCAUGUUCUGGGAUUCUCAGAGGACUUGAACAAGUUAUUGCUUCAGCUUUACCUUGACCAUAGAAAGGAGAUCAGAAACAUUCUUGGUGAACUGACACCAGAACUACCCAGUUAUCAUAGCCUUGAAUGGAGAUUAGAUGUGCAGCUUGCCAGUAGAAGUCUGAGACAACAGAUUAAACCAGCUGUAACUGUAAAGCUGCACCUUAAUCAGAAUGGUGAUCAGACUACCAAAGUGUUACAAACUGAUCCUGCUACACUUCUCCAUCUGAUUCAGCAACUGGAACAAGCCUUGGGAGAAAUGAAGACGAACCAUUGUAGGCGAAUUGUACGCAACAUGAAAUAGCAUUUAAUUGUGACUGUCACCUCACUAAUACAUGAAAUGAGAGUUUAAAAAAAAAAGUCAAUAUUCACAGACACAAUUUGAAGAAAAUAAGCGUCUGGAUCAGAUGAAAACCUUUCCUGUGCCA